GUGUGUGGAGAAGAUGGCGGCUGUGGUGGAGAGAGUGGAGGGAGGCGGCGGGGCCGCGGAUCCCGAGUCUCUGUCCCCCAGGCUCCCCUCACCCCCGCCGGACCAGCCGCACCAGAACAACCCGCUGCUGGGGCUCCCCAUCGUGGCCAUCGAGACCAUCCUCAACUUCCUCUCCUACGAUGAGAUCAGCCUGCUGCGCCUGGUGUGUAAGCGCAUGGACAUGAUCUGCCAGCGAAUGCUCAACCAGGGCUUCCUCCGAGUGGAGCGCUAUCACAGCCUGUGCCAGAAACAAGUCAAAGCCCAGCUGCCAAGGCGAGAAUCGGAGAGGAGGAACCACUCUCUGGCCCGUCAUGCCGACAUCUUGGCCGCAGUAGAAACACGUCUUUCCCUGCUCAACAUGACCUUCAUGAAAUACGUCGACUCCAAUCUCUGCUGCUUCAUACCUGGAAAGGUGAUAGAUGAAAUUUACAGAGUACUGCGCUACGUAAACUCUACGCGUGCCCCUCAGAGGGCUCAUGAAGUCCUGCAGGAGCUCCGGGACAUCUCCUCCAUGGCUAUGGAGUACUUCGACGAGAAAAUCGUCCCUAUUCUUAAGAAGAAGCUUCCAGGUGCCGACCUGUCCGGCCGUCUCAUAGGAUCUGCACCCGUGGCCGGACCCUCCACCUCGCUGACCACCAUGACGCUUCUGGCCAAGAACACGCCGUCUCGCUCCGAGAUGACCAAGGUGCAGCAGCAGGUGAAGGUGAACGGCGCCUCCAUGACGGCGCUGCGGCGCGAGAUGCAGGAGGUGCGGGUGAAGCAGCUGGAGCAGCAGAAGCAGCUGCAGGAUCAGGAGCAGAAGCUGCUGGAGCAGACGCAGGUGAUCGGGGAGCAGAACGCCCGGCUGGCCGAGCUGGAGCAUAAGCUGCGGGAACUGAUGGAGAGCGCUGUGGGUGCUGCAGGCGCCGUCGGCAGCGCCGCCACCCCGUCUACGUCGUCUGCAUCGUCGUCAUCCUCUGCUCCCUCCUCCUCCUCGUCGUUGUCAUCGUCCUCUUCUCCUUUGGUUGUCGCUGCUGCGGUAGCGUCCACCUCCACCUCGGCGCUCGGUAGCCCAGUCAGCAGCUCGGGCGGCGGGAUGGCUGACGGCAGCCCGACACUCAAGCGACCCAGGAAGUGUUUGGACCUGCCGCGUCACUCCAAACGUCUGCGGAGCAAGAAGUAGACGGACGUCUCUUGUGUUUGGUCUAUUUUGCUUUUUCCUGUUGUUAAGGACUCUCUCUUUUUCUUUUUUCUGCUUUAUCCAAUCAAUUGUUUUUUUUUUUUUGUCCUUUUUUCUUCUUUUUUUUUGCACACGGCCAUGUCCGUCGCCGAUGACCCAAGGUCACCCAAGGCCCAAGGCAUGGACGAUACGGAAAGUGACGUAAUUGUCAAAAGUGACGGGUAUCUAAAUUCUCGUUUUUCGUUUUUACACGUUUUAGCAACUGCUACGUCAUAUCACACACUAAUUCCUGACCCCAAGCUCUAAGACACAAUGGCUUUGGCUUCGGGUCGGAUGGUGCUCUCGCCUUCUGUAUCUGCUGCUGGUAUUAUCUCGUGCUGAGCCGAGGCGUCUAAUGUUCUACUACAGGAGAUGACCCCAUGGUCACAGGUGGAGGCAUAGAGUGUGAAUGAAGAAUGCUGGAGGAGCUUGUAGGAGCCUGUAGGAUCAGCGUAACAAUUGUCAGAUAAUUUUUUACACCAUUUGAGGCUAAAUUUGAAAGUAUCAUAGAUUGUGAAAUGAAAUGAAAAAAAAAAAAAAAAGUUUACUCAAUUGUAUUACUGUAGCAAUGGGGGGAAAUUUGUAAUUUCGAAAGUUUUACACCUAAUUUUCAGUUUUCACAUUUAGCCUCAAGUGAUCGGAAAACUGAAUUGAUUAGAUGCUACACUGACUGAGUUGGAUUAUAUCAUCAGUUUUUUGGUACAAGAUGCAAAAUGGAAAAAAAUAUUUGAAGAUUGUUUUUCUUUCCCUGAAAUUCAGAUUUUAGGUUGCAAAAAACUACAAAAAUAUAUAUUUUCAAAUUUAGCCUUAAAUGGAAAUUCGGAAACCGAACUGAUAAAUGUCACACUGACCCGACUGCAGGUUCGACUGUAGCUAAACAUUUACGCUGUUUCUACAGCCUCUAAACACUGAAGCAUGAUCUUCCCUCGUCCCACUGCAGAACAGACAAACUGCACUUACAGCAGGAGGCGGAACAGAGCACACAUAUGUAUCAUAUAUAAAUAUAUACAUAUAUAUAUAUAUAUAUAUAUACUGACUGCAACAUUAACUUUAUGUAGCCUGUUGAUGCCCCUCUCAACAGAAUAUUAAGUCUAAAUCAUGUAUAGCAUGUGUUGUGAACAUUUCUGAGAGCUGCCCUGCUUUAAAAAUGGAGAAUGCCAUGAAGUUUCCUGUUCAAUAUUUAAAAUUUAUGGAAAAAUAUGGUUUUCAGUAAGGUUUAUAAAUUUAAUUUAAUACACAAACUCUUACCAAUCUUCAGUUGUAGGAAAUUGGUAGGUUAAGUUGCCAUUGGCGCAUUUGGUUCAAAUGGUGGCCAAACGUGGUCUUGUGGUGUUGUGAGUUGCAAUGCUGUUUUGCAGUAUCAGAAUAUUAUGACCACUUUCUUCAUUGCAAGGUGUCAAUGUAACUGAGCAGCCUACCUUUUAUUUGUUGCUAGCCAUGCUAACUUUAGUUCACUAAAAGUUCAAUGAAACAAUGCUAACGUGGCUAAUAAUAAAGGCGUAAGAGUUAAGUUGUAUUCCAAUUACACAUGACGCUAUACUAAUAGUUAAAGUACAGAUUUGGCAAUUUAGUGCAAACAAAAUCUGAACAUGCUAACCCAUUUUUGCUAACAGGAAGUGGUGAAGCAUUGCUAUGCCAACAUGGUUAACUGCAAGUUCUCAAGAUGCCCCCACACCAUUGUCCACUGCACUAGCAUCGUUGUCCAUUAAAUAUUUCUAUAAAAGUACUUGCAUUCCAAAGCCUUGGCUGCAGUUGUAGUAGGGUGUGUGGGUCCAAUCAAUUAGACUGUGCCAUUAAGGUUCCUUCCCAGCACCAACAAAAUACCAACAAAAGGCCCCGCCUCUCGCGUUUGUGGUGCAAAUCUUGUGUACUUUUUCGUUUCUUCAUGAAAAUAAAUCCAAAUUCUAGGACAUAUUAUUUUAAAAUUAACUCUGAGGCUUCUGAGCUAUCUUUUUUCUGUUACAAGUGUGCAACCAAGGGCUGGAAGGAAGGAUACAUCAGUUGCGCCCUAGAAAUCGCUAUGAACGCUUAGUGAAUUUAUCGGCUGUAGACAAUGAGAAAUUUGUGACUUAGCAGCUGAGAAAUACAGCCCACUUUAGCUGCAGUUUAGGCUUUGGGGCGUAGCUAAUGUUACAGACGUAACAAGCUCCUCAAUUUCAGUUUUACAUAGCAAAGUGAGAUAAUGGUUUCAUAGCAUCACUCGUAACCACAGUCCAAAAAAAAUUAAAAAUCUUCCAAGUAUGUAUCAGCUUUAAACUUAAUAUUUUUUUAUAUUACAUACUGUAUUUCAUAUUAAAAAAUGAGGAGUCUUUAAGCAAUGAGUAGGGCGGUGUAUUGGAAAGAACUUCGGUGAUACGAUUCGAGUUAAGGUAUGUCGGUUACGAUUCAAUAUAUCGCAAAAUACUCUAUUUGGCCGAGUUAAAGCACAACACAAAAUUACCCACUUCUGACACCAAUAUUUAUGUCUAAACUAGUCAUUUUCAAUCAGAUAGUAUGUUUUUGAAAAACGAUACAGAUAUCGAAAUACAAUAUUGAUGUUUUCUCACGCCUCUUGUCCUUACUACGCAACCGGGAUGUACUUUUUGGUCUGGAAUUCCUCAAACUAGACCCAAACCCUCCAUUAGAGUGCUAGGCCCGAUUGGCUUUGGUCAUGUGAGCUUGCACAGCUGCUACACCCUGGAGAUUAUAGCUUGUGCCUCUUCGUGGGAUCAGAACCAUGUGAUCCUCUGAGCUCUGGGCGAUGUUGGCACAGUGGGAGCCGCCCUCGGGCCACCAGUGCGAAACUAAUUAUAUUUCCCAUCAGAUUUAAACAGUGACAGAUUACUGGAAAGCUCUUUCCAUUAACCUUCACAACCUUCUGCAUGCAGUUGACUGGUUUCCUUAGAAAAAUCAAUGAACUUAAAGUUGACAGAAUAUAUGGCAAAAAGUAUUGGGGCACCUUUUAAAUUGGAUUUUUCUCUAAAUGUAAGGGUAUUAAUUGAGUACUGGAGCUAUUUAAUGGAGUAACUGUUCCUAUUGUCCACUACUAAAGGCUUGAUAGAGCACUGCUGUGAGGAUUUAAUUUAUUGCUUACUAAGUGCAAAGUCCACCAAAUGUUGAUCUAGUUUUAAAAGUAUUGGACGGUGCUCCAUCGUUCCCAAAGAAUAGCUGAAUGCAGCAAUUGUUAGAAUAUUCGGACAUAUAGUGUACAUAUUUAGUAAACUAAUUAAAGAAAUGUAUAAUUCUGCUGUUGAGUUCAGUUUUGAUGCUGGUAAGCAUUACAGUUAUUAUUUAGUAAGUUAUAAAAAACAGAAAUUCAGCUUUUUAAUUUGAUUGUUUCCAUUGGAAGGGGAAAUAGAGCCAUUUAACUUCCUACUGCAAUAUGUUUUGAUAGUAAAACAGAACUAGCUUUAGAGUAAACAUCAAGCUAUUAGCACUGUCUAAUGCCAAUUCUCUGGAAUGAUGGAGCUCCAUCCAUUACUUUAAAUGGGAUGAGUUUGUUGAGUUUGUUCGAUCAAAAUUGUUGGUACAGCUAAUGCUAAAUGCGAGCUCUGCUUUCCAUUUACUAUGACAUUUACAAUAACCGAAAUCAUUCGUCAUAUUUAUAAAAUCUUAAUAUUGUCUUCUAUUGGGCCAAGUUAAAACACAACCCAAAAUUAACCACUUCUGACACCCAUAUUUGCGUCUAAACUAGUAAUAAAAAAUUAGAUACUGUGUCUUUGGAAAUCGAUACAGUAUCACAGAACAAAACAUUGCAAUACAAUAUGAUAUCGAUGAUUUCUUACACACAUAGAACAUGCUGCUAUGGCACAGGCAACCUUAGCAUCCGUUUUUAGCCAUAUAAGCAUUAGCAUGACGACUAAAACUGUAGAUCUGUUAAGCAAUGCUAUUCUAAUGUGGCUAAUAAAGACAUUGACAUUGUCCUGUCAUUGUAUUGGUGACAAUAGAAGGCACUUCUAGCCACAUUAGCAUUGCUAAAUUGAUCUAUUAGUGAAUGUAGCUGUGGCUAAAAAGCAAGAGCACAUUCACAUCAUGUUUACUUGCAUGUUAAACAUGCAUUGUUAGCCACAUUAUCAUUGUUUGGCUGAAUUAUUAGUACUAAAAAUACAAAACUAAUGCCAAGUUGGCUAGCAACUAAUGAUGGGUAUAGUCUUCUGCUAUCUGCUAUUUUUGACUCCAUGCUAACAUCCUAACAUCUGCAGCCAUUGUUAGCCACAUUAGUGUAGUUUACUUCUUCAGAAAACGAGAUAAAGAUCUGGUUCCAACACCAGAUCCUGAAUAAGAAACGCCCUCACAUCCUCCCCCGAAGGUCUGGAACUACAUGAGCAUUUAACGUUACGAGCAGGGCACACAAAAAUACAUCAUAAGUUGUGGCUUAAUGCGAGACUGUGUCUCAGUUUAGAAAAAAAAGAUCUGUACUGUAAACUUCAGAGUCAAGACUGUGGAUAAUUAAUUUCAUGUAAUAGAAAAAUGUAAUCUUGUAAAAAUUGCCUGUUUUAGGCAGAAAAAAUGGUUUGUUGCACAUAUUACUGUUCCAAAUGUACAAAUGAAUCAUAUUAAACAACAUUAAGGCAU